AUGGUGUGUGGUGAUUUCAAUGAAGCUUUGUGGCAGCAUGAGCAUCUGUCGAGGACCGAGCGUUCGGAGGCUCAGAUGGUUGCCUUCAGAGAUUGCUUGGAGAGGUGCGAGCUCGAGGGCCUUGGUUUCUCGGGUAUUCCGUUCACAUAUAACAAUGGCCAGGAUUCAGACCGCAAUGUUCAGAAAGGUACCAAGAGGGUGCAAUUUGUCAGGAACUUGAUUAGGGAGGUUGCUGGAUUCGCUCCCUAUGAGAAACGUAUCACUGAGCUUCUUAAGGUUGGAAAGGACAAGCGUGCACUCAAGGUCGCCAAGAGAAAGCUUGGUACUCACAAGAGAGCAAAGAAGAAGAGAGAGGAGAUGUCAAGUGUCCUUAGGAAGAUGAGGUCUGCUGGUGGUGGUGGUGCUGGUGACAAGAAGAAAUAGAGAUGGG